UCCAGCCAGUCUGGGACGAACGGGACUCGCAGUGAGUCACAGCACCUCCCCGCUGGCGGCACAGGCUGCUCGCCGGCCACCCUGUGCGACCCGGCCGAUCCCCUGGACGACUGCUACCAUCCUCGGGACGCCUGCGACGGCAUGGCAGACUGCAUCUCCGGCCGGGAUGAGCUGCACUGCGACUCCAGUCUCUGUCCGUUCCGACGCGCUGGCGCCAUCUCUGUGAGCGUCAGUGGAAGCGAGGAGCUCGUUUGGGAUGACGUGAACCUGCGCGGCUGUGCCCGAUUCUGUACUGAAGCGCCGGCAGGGUGUGUGGCGUUCGGCUACAGCGCGGCUGGGAGGCGCUGCCGCGUGUUCCGCAGUGUAAGCGGUCUCGAGGACGCUCCGGGAUGGGUGCUCUACGUCAGGCAGCAGCCGUCUGAGCUGAGCUCGGAGAUGGCUCUGGAAACGCUGUCUGCAGACGGUGCAGGACAGGUGACGUCACCUAGGAGCGCAAACACGGGAGCGACGGCCUCUGGAAGCGCAAACACGGGAGUGGCGUCAUCUGAUAAUCCGGAGAAAAGGCCGACGGCUGCAAGCGGGCGAAGAGAGUUCGCCCAGGUCGUGGCGCUGUCACAGAGCGAUGGAGAACUCAGAGCAAGGCACCGAGCGACCAGAGCCGCCGCCUGCGAGAAUGACAUGUUUGAGUGUCGGACGUUGGGGCCAUCGGAAUGCGUGCCUUACAGCUACGUGUGCAACGGCAAAGAAGAGUGUACCUACGGCUUGGACGAGCCACUGUGCGACAACGUCUUCGCGACUUUUGCUCGCAUUCAGGGAUACUCCAUUGUCUCUUCCAUGCAACUGUCCGGGAUCAGCAAGCACGGAUGUGCAGUUUACUGCGACAGGCACGAGUACGAAUUUCCCAAGUGUGACUCGUUUUCGUAUAACCAAGCGCAGCAGCUGUGUACUGUGGGCUGCGCUUCGUGCGCCGACGCUCCUCGCAUUGUGCGUGACACCAGCGCUGACUAUUACAGGCUUCUUCCUGUGAUCGUCAGAUUAGGGGUGAGGUCGCGAGAAAGUUUCAUAAGUUCCUUGGGUAUCGGAAAUGAAGAACCCGCUCAGAGCCAACCAGACAGCAGUGUCAGCUCUGGACUGAACACUCCUCUGGGCUCGCCAGUCACCAGCUUCACCACAGAGCCGACUGCGAGCGCCGCGACCCCAGUCCGUCCGGGAGCCAGCCCCUCGUCCCUGCUGCCCGCUGACUGCGGGCGCAGACCACUCGACGCCAACCCUGUCUUCGACACGCGCACACGCGUUCUGUCAGCCGGCAGCAGCUCCAGGCGCGUGGUGGGCGGCAAGGUGGUGACCUACGGCACCUACCCGUGGCAGGCGCAGAUCCAGGUCUACAGCAACGCCGGCCACUUUGAGCACCACUGCGGCGGCGUUCUGAUCAGCGAGCGGCUCGUGCUGACGGCGGCGCACUGUCUGCGACCAGCGCUCACUCGACUGCAGGUCAAACUCGGCCAGCACGACCGGCGCGACGCCAGCGAGCAAUUCGAGCAGACGUUCGCCGUGGAGAACGCGCUCAGUCACCCGGGCUACGGAGCGGACCCGGCGCGCGGCGACGCCGACGACAUCGCGGUGCUGAAGCUGCGCCUGCGCCACGGCCGGCCGGUGGUGUUCAGCUCGCACGUGCAGCCGCUGUGUCUGCCGCGCGGGCCGUCGCCGGUCGGCCAAGAGUGCCACAUCUCCGGCUGGGGUAAGACGGACGCGCGUCUGCCGGACGCGGCCAGCUCGGCAGCCGACAUCCUGCACGGAGCCAGCGUUCCGAGGCCUCUUGCACCAAAAUCCUCUUGCACCAAUGUAGUUUGGUGCAAGAGGCCUCCGAUCGUAUCGGACAGCGUGUGCGCCGCGCCGGAGCUGUACGGGUCGCGGUUCGUGGCAGAGCGGAUGGUGUGCGCCGGUCACCUGGCCGGCGGCGCCGACACGUGCCAGGGCGACUCGGGCGGCCCGCUGGCCUGCCCGGGCGCCGACGGACGCUGGCAGCUCUCUGGUAUAGUCUCUUUCGGUGUCGGCUGCGGCGACCUGCUGAAGCCGGGGGUGUACACUAGGGUCAGCUACUACGUGCCCUGGAUCGAGAGGGUUGUCCAGCUGCUCUGAAUAGGAUUGCGUCGUUGACUUGCGAUGUGUGUCGGUAUGCCUACUUGUACUUGCAUGUAACGUACGAGUAUGAAAUGCUGAUUGCUGUUCGGCUAUUUAAUGAAUACACCGUUCCUCCAAGAAAUUUAUUAUUUUAUA